GUUGGAGGGCUGGAAGCUGGAAGAAGAAGAAGAAGAAGAAGCUGGAUGCUCGCAAAGGGAAAAGACGAUGGGACGUAACGGGGUGGAUGAAGAAGAGCAGGGAAAGUUUCGGCGGUGUAUCUCGCCACGUCGUCGAGCUACUCUUCGGGUGAAUGGAGGCUUGGAACGAGUACGAGACUCGACACGUCAGCCGCGCCUUCACUUAACGGAAUGGAAUUUGUCAACGGUUCCAUGGGACGUCGAAUAAAAUUCAAAUGGGCAGGGGUGGAUUUUCGUGACGAGAACGUGCCAUCCGCCGAUAAUUCAACGGUUAACAACGGUUGAUUAUGAAAGAGCUUUUUCUCAUCAAGGAAGAAGAAAACGUUAAUAUGGAAAUCUUACGAAUUUUCACGAAGUUUCCCUUUAAGCUGAAAAAUCAUUUUUCAAGUGAAUAUUAUUUUUUAUAAUUAAAUAGCCGUCUACGGGCCAGAUUAAAGGCUUUCUUCUUUGUGAGAUAAUCACUUUGAAAAGGUACGCGAAGCUUUACCAGUUAUCUAGAGGCUUCUACCGUCGGUUUUUCCGGGAACAGAAAUUUUAAUUAGUAGGUAGACGUCUUUAUAUCCAAGCAAUCACCCGAACUAUUAAUUUUCCUCUUUUAAACGUUUCAUCUUUCGUUUUCGACAAACAAACCAGUCUUUCCACUCCUCCUCCCUCUUUCAUUUCAUCCCAUUAAGUCAGUUCAAUAUAAUUCAAAUAACAAUCCAGUUUAUCAUUCUCUUUCACGCACGUAUAUUUAAUAUUUUUAAAACGAAUCGAGAGAAAUACACAAAGUUUUUCAAUGUGGUUCAAUUUUUCCUGUUAGAAAAACUGUCGAAACUUAUUAAAGAUUCUCGAAUAAUUUAUUAAUUCCAAAUCUAAUAUUUCUCAAUUCCUCAGGUUCAAAAUUUGGAUAGUCUCAAGAAAAGUGAAAAUCAUAAGAUGAUACGUAUCAUCAUUACUCGACCAUUGAUCCGAUUAAUCUCUGUUCGAAGCAAAAUGAAAAAUAGAAAAGAGAGAAUGCACGAUAUCGAUACAACAAUAUUAUAUUUUCGGAUCAUUUUUCGACUUUCUUCGCCUCCCUGUUCAUCGCUUUUUUCGUAACACGGUAAACUACUUUCGACUCUUUUUAUCCCGGUCUGAAAGAAGAAGAAGAAGAAGAAGAAGAAGCAGUUGAGAAGGGGUGGUCGGGAGCGGGUCCAGGAAGCUGCAUUCAAACCAAGGGAUAUAUAUCCCCGGCUCUUUGGCAUCGAGAAAACUAACGAGAGGGCAUUCCAGGACUUGGCUUAAGGAAGUUUAUUUUCUUAAUACCGAGGGCCGUGCAUCAGUCUUCCUGUUAGAGUCGCAAGUCGCUAUUCAGAAGCUUCAUUAGGAGAAGCACGCAUUCAGAUUGCUUGGUGAACUCGCGUGACCCCCGGCCAUUCCAAAGGUUUUAAAAGUAUCGGUGUCUUUUUUAGAAUUUCCUCUCCCUCUACUUCUCUUUCUACUUUUUUUUCCCUUUCGUUUCCCUCUUCUUACUCUUCUUCAACCGUUUCUUCCAUCCCGUACCUCUUUCGUAUUCCACUUUUUUAAUUUUUAUUAUUAAGCGGAUGAAAGACGCGUUUUUUAUCCCUUUUAUUGCCUUAUCAAAUAAUUAAUCGACUCGUGAUUCGUCGAUAAUUUGAGCAAAUUUGAAAACGUUUCACGCUUACACGGUUAUAAGAAAAGAUGUUUCUUCUUUGACGCAAAGCUGAAGAUUAUCAUCCAUUCCCGUUUCAAAAAUCAAACGAAACGCGAGAGGUAUAUAGAUUACGCGAUAACGAGCAUUGUUCCAUCCACUACUAUAAAAAACGCGAAAAACACUUAAUCCUACAAAGCGAUCGGAAUUUUUCCACGAAACGAAACGAACGAGAGGGAAAUACGUACGCCAACGUGGAAGGCGAAGCGUCGGUCAAAGCGACAUCCGCCCCAUUUAACGCUCACCUUAUUGACCUUAUGCUUAAUAUUAACGAGGCGACGCGGUCAUCCGGCUGGGCACAACACACGUGCAUCUACGUGUACACGAGGUAUACAGAGAAACGUAACUAGCCUGAAGGCCGUUAACCUCCUCAUUUGCACCGCUUUGAUCCAAUCCUAUUUUCCACCCUCGCCGAUCCGCCCGAUCGAUCCUACAAAUUCCCCCUCCCCUCCGCGGAUUUCGCGCUAACUAAUGUCCCUCCGCCUCCCCCUCCCCCGUACCCUCGCGCGAUAUAAAACGGAUCGGCUGAACAGGAUUGAUUUGCAUAAAUAAUUGCGCACAUAUCAUCAAGACACGAUCGAAACCGGCUAAUUAGUAGACCGUUCCGCGGGAACAUGGCCGCGUCAAGGUGAUUACCGAGGAAUACGUAUGCGAGAGUAUCGAUAGAGGAUCGAGGCUUCCUCUCUCCACACGUGGAAAUGAAAUUAUGGUACAGGACAUAGAGUUCAGUUGCGGCGGAGAUAUGCUCGAUACCUCUCACUCCGUAUCCUCUCCCGACUUUUCCUCCCGGUUUAUUAAUUAUGGAAAAUCGAAGGUGUACGUAAUUUCAACCUCGCGCGCGAUGCAAUAAUAUACGUUGGAUGGAGAGUGGAAGAACUCUUGAAGUUUUCUGUUUUUAUUCUGUUUUGGAUUUAGUCCAAUCUGAUACGAUGCAUAAUCGUAGUAAAUGAUCUUUAUUAAGAAAUUAUUUAUAAUUGCCUCUACUCGAUCGAAGAAGAAUUAUGCGUGAAUUUUUCGUGGAAAAAUUACGAAACAGAAGAAGAAAGAAAUUAUAAUCGAAACAGAUUAUACAAAAGGAGAAAAAAUUUUUAUCUUCCCACGUGAACCAGAUCCGCCCUCUUCUACGUCAAACUAAAAGGACGAAGGGCAAUGAACAGUUUCAGAUCAACCACGUUCCACGUACUAACCUCCCGUAACGAGAACGAGAUUACCCCCAGUCCCAACUUAAAUCUCGAUUCCGAACGAAAGUUACAAGUUUUGCCAGUUUUCAAAUUCCUCGAUAGAAAGACCAUCGAAAACGAUUAACGAUUCCUCGCAUUCUUUCGCGUGUCUCCCCCUCUCUUUCUUCGAUAAUAAUCUCACGAGGAGGAUAUAAAAUCGCGAUGAAACGCGAGCGGAAAAGAAACGAGAAUGAAAAGAGAGGAAGAGAGAGAGAAGAGAGCGUUUCAUUACGCGCGGAGACCGACAAUGCGAAGGCGCAAAUCACCCCCGAUUCGUUUUAACGAUCGUCAACCGGACGAAUGGAGAAUGCUAUGUUACACUUGGCGAUCGUUAAAACUUAACGAAACCUUCUUUCGACCCGCGGCAGUGAAACGGACCAGUGUGAUGGAAAUCAAGAUGAGCAUGGAGAGGGAGGGGAGAAGAUAUAAUUGCAUUCUCUUGAGUCACCGGUUCGGAUAACUAUUCGUAUCUGAUGAAUUUCACAAGAGAUAAAGAUUGGAUUAAUAAUUGAGGAUCAUCGAUUAUAGAACGUUAACGCGAGAAAAAUUGAAAAGAUGGAUCUUACGAAGUUCACUUCUCGAUUUUGGAAUUAAUUUUUGGAGAUAAAACAAGAGGGGGAAAGUAUAAGUAUUGUGCAGUCUCCGCUCGUUCUUUUCAUCCUCCCCUUUUUUCGUUAGCGCGAUUCCACGACACGAACAACGUAUUAUCCGUCCGCUUUUCCCUUCGAUGAAAUAAACAUGAGAUCAUCCUGAGUUGUUCGCCGUUAAAUUGGCUCGCUUCGUUUUCCUAACUUUCGUACGAACUAAAUAGACGUUCGUAUGUUUGUCUAAUUGCCAAUCGAGUAGGAGAAAGUAAAUAGGGUGAAUGAAUGGAGGAAACCGAGCGACUUCUUGGCUUCAAAAGCUCUCGUUCAAAGUUUUUUCCAUCCCUCUCCCCCCUCGGUGCACGUGCAAGCUUUUUUCGUUUCUUCCUGCCAACCUAAGUUCUCGUGUUUAACAACGAGGGAGCCAAGGAGAACACUGUAUCAUAAAGUAGUUGAAAUACACCGAUUUACUCGUAUCCAGGGACUUACCUAAUGAAAGAAGGAAAAGGACGCAGCCCCCGAAACGUUGCAAACUCCGUUCCAUUUUCAUUUCGGUAGUCGCACAGCGUUCCGGACAAUUAAGGGAGCGGCAUGGAUGUAAAGUUUCCGCGACUGUAAAUUGAAUACAUCAGCUGGGUACUCUGGCGCAGUUGGAAGUCGAAACUUUGAAGGAGGCGGCGCACCGGCAACCGUGAUACCACACCGUUGUUCCGUCAUUACGAAACGAGCGCCCGGAAUAUGCAAUAAAUUGGACAUAGUUUAGAUGCGAGUUGGAAAAUAAUCGUGGCGAAUCGUGUGUUUCAACGCCGUGUGUUCCAGCAACCAGAUUCGGAUCGAGGAAGGGAGACGUACGAUGAAUCCCGUUGGAAUUAAGCGUUUGGAGAAGAGUCGAUGCAUGGAGAAGAUUUUUAUUGCCUCGGCUCGUUAAUAAUUAGAGUUUGUCUCUAACGAAGAACAAAUAACAGUAAGAGGAAAGAAGGCAGUCGACGAAAUAAAGGAUGAAUGACGAAACGAAUAAAGGAUAAAAAUAUGCGAUCUCUUGGUUUGGCCAUCGUUCGACGGGGAUAUUCGUUUCAUCUAAAGGUCAAAAACACUUCAAUUGGAAAAAAUGAAACAAAGAAUUUUGCAAGAAGUAGAACAGACUGAACAAGAAGAAAAAUGUUUGCUAGAAUAUAAACAGGAAAUGGAUCUUCUUAUGCAAGAAAAAAUGGCACAUGUUGAAGAAUUACGACAAAUACAUGCAGAUAUAAAUGCGAUGGAAGCUGUUAUCAAACAAGCAGAAGAAGCUAGAAAUAAAGCAAGAGAGACUGCAAAAUUAAUUCACAAUAAUGAUUAUCAACCUUUAAAACAUGAUAUUGAUCGUAUGCGUAGAGAAUUUUUAGGAUUGGAAAGGUUACCAGAAUUAUAUGAAACAGAAUCUGAUCUCAUUUCACCAGAUUAUUUUGACCGUCCAAUGCAAAAAGCAGAAUGGAGAGUAGAAGUAAGAGGAGAAGAUUUAUUACCUCCUCUUACUUUACAUCAUCCUGGUCAUCCAGGUGGUUCAACACCUUUUCUUGCUCCUCAACCUCUUCAAGGUCCAAGUAAGCCAGAACCAAGACCAUUACCACCAGCCCCAGGCCCACCUGCUCCAACAUUCAGGUACCACUGGCAACAACCACCUCCUAUGAAAUCAUGCUUAUCAUGUCACCAACAAAUUCAUAGAAAUGCACCAAUCUGUCCUCUUUGUAAAGCUAAAUCUCGAUCACGUAAUCCCAAGAAACCAAAGAAAAAAGAUUAAUAAUUAUAAGUGUUAUUUAUAUAAAAUCAACCAUUUCAGUCAUAUAAUUCUAAGAAUACAUGUUAAUGUUUUUUAUAACUUAAAAUAAUUCAAUUCCUAUAAAAACAUCCAUUUACAUAAAAUGUAUGUAUUUAUAGUAAUGUUUUUAACUUUUUGUAAAAAUUAUUUUUCAUUUUUACAAUAUCUAUAUCAACAAUUGUAAGACAUUAAAUUGUCAUAAUAAUUGACAAUUAAAUAAUUUUUACUUUCAUUAAGACAUACAAAUAAAUUUAAAUGUUUUAUGAUUUUAAUUAAUUUUCAUAAAUCUGAAAUUGCAAUCCUAAUUUUUUAAUACAAUAUAUAUAUAUUGCUUUAUCCAUAUUCUUUAUUGUAUACAUUAUUUAAGAAUAUAAUUAUUUUAGAAAACAUA